AUGGAUUUCUCCAACCUCAAAGACCAGGUCAGCAACAUGUCCUUGUAUGACCUCAAGGCCGGUGUUCGCAAGGUGCAGAAUGCUGUCAUGAACUAUACCGAGAUGGAAUCCAAGGUCCGGGAAGCUACAAACAAUGAACCCUGGGGUGCCUCGACCACGUUGAUGCAGGAUAUUGCCAAUGGAACGCAUAGCUACCAAUUACUCAAUGAGAUCAUGCCCAUUAUCUACAAGCGAUUCACCGACAAGGCUGCAGAGGAAUGGCGACAGAUUUACAAGAGUCUUCAGCUCCUUGAAUUCCUUGUCAAGAACGGUUCCGAACGAGUCGUCGAUGAUGCACGAUCCCACAUGUCGUUGAUUCGGAUGCUCCGGCAGUUCCACUAUAUUGAUAUGAACGGCAAGGACCAGGGUAUCAAUGUGCGCAACCGGUCGUCCGAGCUGGUGAAAUUACUGGGAGAUGUGGAUCAGAUUCGGACUGAAAGAAAAAAGGCCAAGAACAACCGCAACAAGUUCAGUGGUUUCGAAGGUGGUAUGGGUGCCGGAUCAGGAAUGUCUAGCUCGGGCUCGGGUCGUUAUGGAGGCUUUGGUAGUGAGAGUAUGGGGUACGGUGGAUACAGCGGAGGUGUCUACGGUGACGGCGGUGGCUUUGGUGGGGAAUCUGGCGGGCAAGCUGGCGUUGAUUUCCAGGACGCCGGACGCCGGCCCAACCGCUUCGAAGAGUAUGACGAGUAUGACGAGGGAGAUGCCCCCGCACGCCCGCGUGAGCCUGUCGCCCGGGCGAAGCCCCAAGCAAAGAAGCCCGAGCCAGCUCCUGCGCCUGUGGCAGACCUCUUCGACUUUGGCGACGACGAGCCUGUUACAACCACAGCUUCCACCUCAACCGGCAAGCAACCUGCCGGCAGUGCUCUCAACAUACUAGACCCAACCCCAGCCGACGACGACGACUUUGACGACUUCCAGUCCGCAACCCCGGCUACCCAGCCUACUCAGUCGUCAAACCAGUUCGGCAUCCCCCUCCGGCUUCCACUGCCAGCACAAGGUGCCAACCUCGACGGUCUAGUUGGCUUCAAAUCGGCCACCCCCACUCCCUCUUCCAGCGGGAUCCCAACUCCCCUUUCGCAGAUGGCCCCGAUGCAACAGCAGAAGCCCUCCGGUUACCAAGCUGCCACACCCAACUACUUCACCUCUGUCCACGUGCCCCAACAUUCUGGAUCCUCUCACGGUGCCACCACCUCCAUGUCCUCCGUGGCUUCCCCCACCACAGCGAACAAGCCAGCUUCAGCAGCAGCGAAGAAACCCUCGGGUGACGCCUUCGGCUCGCUGUGGUCGACCGCCAGCGCCAGCGCCGGUAUCCAGAAAUCCAACACUGGCACACACAAGGGCCCCAACCUUGCCAGCAUGGCCAAGGAAAAAGCUAGCGCCGGCAUCUGGGGUGCUCCAGCUCCCUCCAGCACCUCCUCCACGCCCAGCCAGCCCCAGAACAAGCAACAGUCUAGCUCGGCCUUUGAUGAUUUGCUUAGUUAA